AUGGAAAUGGUCACUUCUUCUGAUCACUCCCUAGUUUUGGAAAGUGAACAUCCUCAAGAGACCCCAGAAUCCAACAACGGCGUGUAUACUUCCUUCAUGAAGUCUCAUUGCUGCUAUGACCCGAUUCACACAAAUUCCAAAUUUUUUGUAUUUGAUACUUCCCUGCAGGUGAAGAAAGCUUUCUUUGCCUUGGUGACUAAUGGUGUACAAGCUGCCCCUUUGUGGAACAGUAAUAAGCAAAGUUUUGUGGGUAUGCUUACCAUCACGGACUUCAUCAAUAUCCUGCAUUGCUACUGGAAAUCGGCCUUGGUAGAGAUCUAUGAACUUGAAAAACAAAAGAUAGAAACUUGGAGAGAGGUGUACGUAAAGGACUCCUUUAAACCACUUGUCUGCAUUUCUCCCAAUGCCAGCUUGUUUGAUGCUGUCUCAUCAUUAAUUCGAAACAAGAUCCACAGGCUACCAGUUAUUUAUCCAGAAUCAGGCAAUACAUUGUAUAUCGUCACCCACAAGCGUAUCCUCAAGUUCAUCAAAUUAUUUAUCGCCAAGUUCCCUAAGCUAGAGUUCAUGUCUAAAUCUCUGGAAGAGCUGCAGAUUGGCACCUAUGCCAACAUUGCUGUGGUCGGUACUACCACCCCUGUCUAUAUGGCUCUGGACAUCUUUGUACAGCACCAAGUUUUUGCCCUGCCAGAGGUGGACGAGAAAGGGCAUGUGCUUGAUAUGUUUUCCAAGGAAUGUACCCUCUUAACAUGA